CAGUCAAGCUACCAAAUCCUCCAUUUCUUCCGCCGCCACCUCCACCGGCACUGCCACGGCUACCGCUGAUCAACUAACCUAUCUUCUCGUUAACUUCCCGCAACGAACGAUCCUUUUGCCCUCCUUUUAUUGCCAUGUGAAACCAUAACCCUAGUCUGAGAUCUACUCAUGGUCAGAUUCCAGCUCCACCUUGGCUACCUUUUCUCCUUUCCGCUCUCCCACCGCGCCUCCGUUGUUGUGGCCGAGAGCGAAGACACCGGGAGCGAGAGCGGAAGCGAGUGUGGAGCCGAUUUAAUCGCGUCUCCGCCGACCAUACCGGCAACGGACAAGGGCAGCAUAGACCGACGGGGACAACAGUUCUCCAUAUCGGAAAUGGCGACGGCGGCGUUGCAGAGGUCUCUUGCCAUGUGCAGUCUCGGCGCCGGAGAGGAAGGGGCCGGGGCUUGCAUGGACAUCGGCUGGCCGUCAGACGUUCGGCACGUUUCCCAUGUGACUUUCGAUAGGUUCGAAGGGUUUCUUGGUUUGCCAGUGGAGUUUCAACCCGAUGUCCCGAGCAAAGUUCCCAGCGCCAGUAUCAGAGUUUUUGGAGUUUCUGCCGAAUCCAUGCAAUGUUCAUAUGAUAGUAGAGGAAACAGUGUGCCAACUAUUUUACUGUCCAUGCAAAGGCAUCUAUAUUCACAAGGUGGUCUUAAGGUAGAGGGGAUAUUUAGAAUUAAUGCAGAUAAUGGACAAGAAAUGCUUGCCAGGGAAGAACUAAACAAAGGUGUUGUGCCACAUGGAAUUGACCUGCACUGUUUAGCUGCUCUGAUUAAGGCAUGGUUUAGAGAACUGCCGAAUGGGAUUCUGGACUCCAUUCCACCGGAACUGGUGAUGCACUGCAAUGCCAAAGGAGAGUGCUCCCACCUCAUCAGAAUGCUUCCGCCUACUGAAGCGGCAUUGCUUCACUGGCUCAUCAAUUUGAUGGCGGAUGUUGUGGAGCACGAACAUUACAAUAAGAUGAAUGCUCGAAACAUAGCCAUGGUUUUUGCUCCUAACAUGACACAGAUGACCGAUCCUUUGAUAGCAUUGAUCCAUGCAGUUCAAGUAAUGAACUUCCUUAAUACAUUAAUCAUAGAAACACUCCAUGAAAGAGAGCUGGAAGCUGCAGAGGCUCUACAGUUGCAUUCUAACUGCAAAUCUCAUAGUAAUAAUGAUGAUGACCUUAAUUUCUCAGACUUUGCAGAGGAUGCUUACAACUCACUGAACGAAGCAGAUGAUACAGACAGUGAUAGCAAAGACAGUUUCAGGAGCUUUGAAAAGAGAAGCGAAGUUGACGACAGUGAAUUCAUUUCUGGAAGGUCUUCACCAACUAUGAGCGAUUCAGGUGGAUCUAAAAAUGGAUAUGGUAAUUUUGAUUCUGAAGGUUUAUUAAAUCGACUCAGUAUUAGGAAAGGAGUGCAGAAGCUGUGUAGGCAUUCCUUGUUCUUGUUGAACAGAUCUACUGAAAAGACAGGUGAAAUUGACAUUGAAGUUUCUGGUGAAUGCCCAUAAUUAAGCUUAGGUAGAAGAUUUCCCAUUAAAGAUAAUGAGCCUUAUCUUGGAUUUGCUGUAGGAGCUUGAUCAGGUAUGGUGUUUGGUACUUUAUGUCUGUGUUUAAUGAGGUUAUUUGAGUGUUAUCUAUGAGAACUAAAAAUGUAAAAAAAAAAAGAAGUGAUUGUACAGUUACCUUAAUUAUUUUUAGCUUCAAGUGAUGUUCUAAUUGAAGGCUGAUUUAUUAAA